AUGGCUUCUGACCGACCUCGAGCAGCCAAACGAGAAGCGCCUUCGUCCCAGCGCUCCGGACAUCAUCACAAGAAGCCCAAGAUGCUGCAUAAUGCAGACGAGUUUCGCGACAAAAGGACGUCCAAGAAGAAGGGCAAGACCGACAAGAAGGAAACAGUGCAGGAGGACCCCAAGGCUCGCUCCAAGCAUUAUGGUAGCUGCGAAAGAAGGAAGCGUAAAGUUGUCAUCACCGAACAGUCCAUUCUAACGUUUGAGCUCUGCGUCAAGAACCAAGGCUUAUCGCAGGGCACCGUGUUCGAUUUCCUGUUGAAGGAGGAGGUAGCUUGA